AUAACAACGACUAGUCGACUACGAAAAAUCAGUCCUUUUUUCGCUUAAGACCCUCUUUCUAAUUUAGUGUCUUCCACUAAGGCUAAAAUAGAGAUUAGACCGAGGUAAAACUUUCCUCCUUCAGUUGGUUUCAUCCAGUUUAAUCCUUUUUCGCAUCCCUCAGAGAAUCUUUCCAGCUUUCAGUGUUUGUUCUUAGAUUCAUCACUCUUGAAGAAUUAUAAUUUCGAGUGUUUCGGGUUAAAAACAGUCGUUCCUCCGUUCAAAGUCUUCGGUGUUACUCUUGCUUUCAGACAAAGAGCGGAAAGAUAGUUUCAGUUUUUUAGAUCUCAGAUCUAUUUGGUGUUACAGUAAAAAACCAUGUCGUCAGCGAUGGACAAAGCCUUGAUGGCGAUGUCGAUUGAGGAAGAAGACCUGCCCUUUGAUAUGCCGGAUUUACCAGAGUAUUCUUCCUGUGAAAGAAACGUGUUGAGUUUAGUCGGUCGUACUCUAAAUCCAAAUCGCCAGCCAAUGGAUCAACUCAUCCGAGCUAUGCCUAGGAAGUGGCAGAAGCUGGGUAGAGUUCGAGGUGUGGCGCUUUCAAAGGAGAGGUUUCAAUUUUUCUUCAAUUCAGAACACGAUUUGAUUGAAGUUCUUGAAAAAGGCGUUCAUACUUUCAACGAGUGGACUAUAGUGGUGGAUAGGUGGUACGAGUCACCUCCAGAUAACUAUCUGCAGUUCACGCCCAUCUGGAUUCAGAUGUGGAACCUGCCUAUCAAUUUCUAUACUAAGAAGGCCCUUACUGCUUUGGGAGAACAGAUUAAUCAAGUUUUAGAAGUAGCUUUCGAUACUGAAAAACCCCAGGUUCAAGAGUUCGUUAGAGCGAAGAUUCUCUUUGAUGUCUCAAGACCUUUGAGAAGAUCAAAAACGGUGAAUCUCCCAAAGGGUGGUACUGCAACAGUAUUUUUCGAGUACGAAAGGGUGCAGAAGAGGUGUUACGAGUGUCAAAGAAUGACACAUGAUAAAGAUGUGUGCCCCUUGCUUAUUAAGAAAAGACAAGACUUGGCAGAUGCUAGAAGAGCGGGUAUUGUUCUUGAGAAGCCUCAAAAGAUUCCUGUCCUGAAGGAAUCUGAUCCUUUGUAUGGAGUUCUUAAUGAAGAUCAGGUAGGAAUAGAUCCAAAUACGGGGAGACCAAGAAUAGCUCCAUCGGUUUUUGAAGGAAUGAGACAAUACUUGAGAGUCUGUAAUGAAGAAGAAAAGCUGCUUAGGAUUGAUAAAGUCAAAACUUCAGUGGGGGAAGUUGAAAUGGAUCCUUUGGCUCAGAAGUCAAUUUUAAGGUUGGAGCCCUUACCAAUUUUUCACCAAAAUAUAAACAAAGACAAAGGAGUAGUUUUCAAUUAUGGGAGCUCCUCUACAGCUGAAAAAUCCUCAAGCUCGCUGGUUAUGAAGACAAAAGAAGGUCAACCUCAGCUCUCCCCAGUCCCGGAGAAAUUAUGGUUGAUGGAAGCGGAUCCUUCCUUCUCAGUGGAAAGUUCAGGGUCCUCCGGGAUUGUCAGGAAUAAGACCAAGGCCAAGUCGAGAAAAAGACCAACAAAGAACAACAGAUUUCCACAAUCAACUAAACCAAAGCCUGGAAAUGCUCAAGGAGAGAUGGGUAGUGAAGAUCAGUCGGGUAGUAAGGAAAAAAGAAAAACAGUUGGAGUGGGUCCAAGCACUGUAAAAUCUCAAAAGCUAAACCCUCAAGAGGUGAUCCCAAAGGGGGGAUUGCCUACCAUCCAAUGAGCAUCAUCAGCUGGAAUUGUCAAGGACUGGGACGGUCUCAUGACUUGACAAUUCCCCGUCUAAAGGAAAUGCGUAAAAAACAUUUCCCGGAGAUGUUGUUCCUCAUGGAAACGAUGCACAGAAGAGAUGUACUAGUAGAUUUACAAGAAUGGCUAGGUUACGACCGUGUAUAUACUGUGGAGCCGGUUGGAAAAUGUGGAGGGCUAGCUUUGUUUUGGAAAAGUUCUGUAAAGGUGGAUUUCAAGUUUGUUGAUAAAAAUCUGUUGGAUGCUCAAGUACAGUUUGGAGCAUUCAA